AACCCACACAGGGGCCCGCUCUAAGGCUUUUCACUUGACUUGGUGUUUGCAAGGUGUUCUCAGUAGGCUUGGUGCAGAAAGAGACUGGGUUUUCAGAUGUGGACUGCAGUUGAUCGCUCUCAGUUAGAUGCCAGGACCCCAGCGUGAGUACAGUCCGGUUCUGCCUCAGAGAGCCUGCGGCCAGGCCAGGAAAGGUGUGCCAAAGCAGGGUCCAGCAGAAACAAAGCUUUGUUGCCAGGUGGGGGCCAGCUGGCAGCAUCUCAACCCUGCCAGUCUUUACAUGGAAGGCAGCAAGCUGCCUGGGCUGGACUGGCUGAGUGUCCAGGGGCUGGGUCAUGGGUGCCUGGGCCCCCUUCCCGAGGGUGUCCUUUAUUGUGGAAGAGGCAGGAGCCACUAAAGCUUUGAAGCCUGAGAGGGAGUCAUCAGACAGCACUGGGGAAAAGGAGUGAUUUGGUCCCCAGCCAGGCCUGUGGUCGUUGAGAGAGAUGGAGGCUGACUUGGUAACUUCUUUGGGGGUGUUGGGGCUCCUAGCUGAAUGCCCAGAGAGUACGUGGUUUCCUCUGCUGAGACCAUACUCAGGCUUCUGGGGCCAAGUGCCAGACCAGUUUGGGAGGUGCUGAGUUUAAGGGGGAGGGGAUGUGUCACGAGCCUAUUGGAAUGGAGCCUACAGCUCAGGGUGGAACCAGCGGGGUGGGCAUUGCUCAGCAUACACUGCAGAUGAAGCUUUAUAGAUGAACAGACCCACCCCUUGGUGAUCACAGGCUGGGUGUACACUUUUGAAAGCUGAUAAAGUAACAUUGUGUUAUUUUUGAUAAGAGUAAAAAUGUGUAACUUACCCUGACUCACAGCUCCCCAGGGUGCAUCUAACUGGGCUUCUUUGGAACAUGGGCACGGUGUCCAUGAGGUGAUCCAGUGUGGAGUCAGGCCUCAGUGAGGGCUGACCUGGGGCCUGUCACCUGAAACUCAGCUGAGCCAUGACCUCAGCCUCUCUCCUGGGCUUUCCCCUAUUAGGCGGGCAGUGGGGUUACCUGCAGCUCUUGUACAGUGGUCCUCAUAGCAGGUAUGGUUAGAACCAUGUAACAAGAAAAAUCAGCAGUAAAGCAGAAAUAAAUGAAUAGAAAGCACUGGGUCUUUAAAAGCAAAAUGUGAAAAACCUAUACUUGGUAUCUUUAAUUAGGGGGUUGGAAAAAAACAGAUAAAAUUAGAAGUUAAAGGUCUAGGAAAACAUUUAACCUAAAGGGGGAAAAAAAUUAUCAAAGCAUGCAACAUAAUGUUCAUAGUAUUGAACUGAAAAACAAAACAAAAUACUAAAAUAUUGUUUUCUAGAAAAUACUAGUUUUCAAAAUUGAUAACAUUGGGUUAGGAAAGCCUGAACAAAGUAGUAAACACUGAAGAAGUUGGAAGUUAGCUACAAAAAUGGCUUCUGACUCUACAUUAUCCAUUAUGCAUUGUUUCAAACUAUUAAGAAAAACUAUUAUGGAGCAAAGAAAUAUUUAUUCUUCAAAGGAGGCUAUAAACCUGUGUUUCCAAACCUAAUAAAAAUAACAGUGAAAUAAAGUGUAGACAAAUGUGAACAAAGCUAGAAAAGUCAGAAACAAUACUUGUGAAUUUAAUAACAUUUGAAAGCAGUAAUUCAUUUUCACUAAAUAUGAUUUAUAACGGAAGAAUUUUUGUUUGUUUGUUUCUUUAGGGCCGCACCCGCAGCAUAUGGAGGUUCCCAGGCUAGGGGUCUAAUAGGAGCUGUAGCUGCAGGCCUACGCCACAGCCACAGCAAUGCGGGAUCCUUAACCCACUGAGUGGGACCGGGGAUCAAACCCGCAACCUCAUGGUUCCUAGUCAGAAUCGUUAACCACUGAGCCAUGAUGGGAACUCUUAUAACAGGAGAAUUUUGUGCUAGGGUACUCUAUUAACAUAUCAUAAUGUACUAAAAGGUUAAAUAAGAGAAGCCAGAGUUAUCCUAGGAAGUGUUCUGAAAGGAGUAUUAGAUUAUUCAGCAUCAAUUCCUAAUAAAAAUACUUUUUAAAAUGGCCACAGAAAGCUGUUUUCCUACCACAUUGAGCCUUGUUCCUGUCAGUAUCAAGAAAAGCCAAGCAUGGGUGCUGUCACUUCAUUUGUUACCUUGGAAUUUCUGCAGUAGCAUUAAACAGAAUCAGAAGAAGGUAGACAAACUGGAAAAUACAAAAAUGAGGUGAUCAUGAGGAUGGCAUUGUUGUACAUCAGGAAAACGCCAAGGAAUAUUACUCUUAGAACUUAUAAAGCAUUGAAAACCACUUAAGACUAAUAAAAAUGAGUCAUUGAAUUGGCUUCAUACAAGAAAAUUUUUAAUUAUCUUUCGCUAAUAAUAGCCAGUUAGCAUAUCUAAUGAUUAAAAAGAGAAUUCUUGGAAGCUCUUGUGUGUUUCGAUGUGUUAAGUAUUUGAUAGUGCUACAGCUGUGGUGCAGGUUUGAUCCCUGGCCUGGGAAUUGCCACAUGCUGCAGAUGGGGCCAAAAAAAGAGAGAAAACUCCUACACAGUAGGAUCAAAAAUUGAAAAUGCUCAGGAAUAAUCUUGCCAAGAAAUAUGUGAGAUUUCUAAGACUUAAUGCACAAACUUUUUUUUUUUUUUUAAUGGUCCCCACCCAAGGCAUAUGGAGGUUCCAAGGCUAGGGGUCAAAUCAGAGCUGUAGCCACCAGCCUGUUCCACAGCCACAGCAGCACCAGAUCUGAACCAUGUCUUCGACCUACACCCAACCAACCCACUGAGCGAGGCCAGGGAUCGAACCUGCGUCCUCAUGAAUACUAGUCAGAUUUGUUUCCGCUGCGCCACAAUGGGAACUCCCAAGCACAAACCUUUUUUGAAGGAGAUAAAGGGACAACUUCAUAAAUGGAAAGACUAAAUACUUUAAAAUAAAGUUGUUGUUUUUUUACCAAAUUAAUAUUUAUUAUUCAUUUAAUAGAUAUUUAUUGAGCACCUGGUGUGUUCCAGGUGCUGUUUCACCCCUCAGGGAGUUCACAUUCUUAUAAGAGAGACAGACAGUCAAGUAGCCACGUAAGAGAUGAGAAGAUAGGUGUGAUUUUACUCAGAGUCCCAAGGAGGGUCUCACUGAGAAGGUGGUGACCAUGGGGAGAGUGGGUGGAGGAGGUGAGGGACAAGAGCUUCCCAGGCAGAGGGAGCAGCCAGGGCUGAGCCCUGGAGUAUAAGGGCGGGCCCUCCAGGCCACGGGGGUCCCCUGAGUGAUAGAGGAGGGAGGGGGCCAUGGUGCAGUAUGGAGUCCCAUCUCCAAGGGGCCAAGGCCACAUUGGUGAGACCAGUGACAGUCUCAGUGAGAGACAGUGUUGCCGAGGUGACAUGGGAGAGGUGGUCACACAAGCUUCCUGGGGGAGGAGAUGUGGGGUGAGGUUGUGGAGUUGGCUGGCAACCCAGACUGCAGCCUGGACAGCCAUUACCUGUGGAUGGAACAGAAGGUUUAUACCGCCUGGCAGCGAGGUGAGGGGACUUGCCCCCUGGGUGUUGAGGUGAGUGAGUCCAGAGCACAGGCAGACAUGUAGGUGGACACAGGCCAGGGGUGGGCCCAGGAUACAGCUGAAUCAGGGAGGCUAAUUAGGGUGGUGGAGAGAGUGAACCGUGCAUCUUGCCUCAUGGUCAAGUUUUAGGGCUGAGGAUUGGCUAUUGGGCUGGUCAGCGUGGAGGCCGCUCAGGAAAGACCCAACCAGGGAUCAGAGCUGGAUGGAACCAGGCUGGUGUAGGCAGGAGCCUGUGCAGACAGAAAAGCCAAAGGAAGGUAGAUCCCAAGCCUGGAGAAGAUAGUUGGUAGGAGCCCCAUCAGAGAGUGAGCUGGGAAAGGGGCAGGGGGCAUCUGAGAAGGUGGGAUGAGAGCAGGGAGGGUCUCUGAGCGUGACCAUGAGAAUAGCGGCUGAGCCCAUGGAAGCCACAGUCAUUUGAGCAAGUGGAAGAGUUGGAGGGUGUUUGUAAUAGUCUUUAAACAGCUUAGAAAUAAAAUUUCUCCUUAAUUCAUUUCUAUGACAGCCAAAAAAAGAAAAAGGAAAAAAGGAGAAGUCAUCCUCUUGGAAUCACCAAGAAUGGUGAUGGAGGGUUGGUGGAAAUGACAGUGACCAGAAACUUCAUUCUUUAAGUGCAGGGAGGGUCUUACGUGGUGUGGAGCUAUGGUGAGGAAAGGGGGUGUAUGGUCUGAAUACAGAUGUUCCAAAGCUCAAAAUCAGGGAGGAAGUCAAAUCCUGUGUGUGGACUUACUGCAGACGCAGCAGUGACUGCAAAGGGUGUCCUGGGGAGAAGAGUCAGGAUGCAGAAGAACUCCUUCAGAGCUGGGCAAGGUUGGCAAGUCAGAGUAGGCUGCUGUGCCAGAGAACUCGUGUUUUGUCAAGGCAGCAUCAAUUCUCAAUCCCUGCACUCACUGGAGUAACUAGCCAUGCGGCAGGUCGGGGUCAAAGAAGAGUACUUUAGAGCCUCAGCUAAAGACAGCAUAAUCAACUGCAGAUUUUGAAGAAAUAUUCUAAAUCAAGCAAGAGAAAACACAACUGUAUAUUUUUUUUAUCAAGUUUCUAGCAGAGUGAAUAUUUUUCAAAGUUAACAAACAAUAAAAGAAAUAAUUAACUUUUAAAAUACCACAAAGGAGAAUAACAGACUUCACUACAUAAAUCUUCUAUAGUACAGGAGGCAAACUGGUGGGAUUUGCAGCUCAUGUCUGAGUUAUCAAUAGUCCGUGGAUGUCUAAAAGAAAACCGGUCUCCUUUCUGGGCUCCCAGCUGAGUACAGUCUGCUCAGCAGACUGAAGGGGCUGCCUUUGCAAACGCCACAUUCGCCUCGGACCCGCCGGCAGACAGGGCAGGAGCAGAGAAGUCUGGGACAACUUCAGACAACCAAGGUGCACUCUUCACUUUGCAAAUUAAAGGGAAACUUAAAACAUGAAAAUGUGCUUAAUAAGUUAAAAGGGAAAAAGAGUCCUCAGCUAAUAAGGGAGCUUUUGAAAUGGACAUUCUGCUUAUAGAAGUGUGAAGUUAUAGGGUCUUUGCAAAGCAGCCCACAGCGUUGAGUUCAGACAAGUGAAGAUGCUCAGUUUCCCUCAAAGAAGAGUCCAGAACAUGGAGGGUGAAGAACAUGCAUGUGCUCAUUGGCGUCAGAAGCUGGGACCCCGCCCACAUCCACUGAACCAGAUGUGAUGGAUGUAGCAUGGUCUCCCCAUGAUGCUUGGCUGGCCUCGUGCAGCGUGGACAACACUGUGGUCAUCUGGAACGCUGUGAAGUUCCCAGAAAUUCUGGCUACUCUGAGAGGUCAUUCAGGCCUGGUGAAGGGGUUGACUUGGGACCCUGUUGGUAAAUACAUUGCCUCUCAAGCUGAUGACCGCAGCCUGAAGGUGUGGAGGACGCUGGACUGGCAAUUAGAGACCAGCAUCACCAAGCCCUUUGACGAGUGUGGAGGGACGACCCAUGUGCUGCGGCUCAGCUGGUCACCUGACGGGCACUACCUGGUGUCUGCCCAUGCCAUGAACAACUCUGGCCCCACUGCCCAGAUUAUCGAACGGGAGGGCUGGAAGACCAACAUGGACUUUGUUGGGCACCGGAAAGCUGUGACGGUCGUGAAAUUCAACCCAAAAAUCUUCAAGAAGAAACAGAAGAAUGGGAGCUCUGCAAAGCCUAGCUGCCCAUACUGCUGCUGUGCUGUUGGCAGCAAGGAUCGCUCGCUGUCUGUCUGGCUCACGUGUCUGAAGCGGCCGUUGGUUGUUAUCCAUGAGCUAUUUGACAAAUCCAUUAUGGACAUUUCUUGGACGCUGAACGGGCUGGGCAUCCUGGUAUGCUCCAUGGACGGGUCUGUGGCGUUCCUCGAUUUCUCCCAGGACGAGCUCGGGGACCCCCUGAGUGAGGAGGAGAAGAGCCGCAUUCACCAGUCCACCUAUGGCAAGAGCUUGGCCAUCAUGACUGAAGCCCAACUGUCUACUGCUGUCAUUGAGAACCCCGAGAUGCUUAAGUACCAGCGACGGCAACAGCAGCAGCAGCUGGACCAGAAGAGUACCACGGCCAGAGAGACAGGCUCCACUGCCUCAGUUGCUGGCGUCGUCAAUGGGGAGAGUCUGGAGGAUAUCAGGAAGAAUCUUCUAAAGAAACAAGUGGAGACUCGGACAGCGGAUGGCCGGAGGAGAAUCACACCACUCUGCAUAGCACAGCUGGACACCGGGGACUUCUCCACAGCGUUCUUCAACAGCAUCCCACUCUCGGGCUCCCUGGCAGGCACUGUGCUCACCUCACACAGCAGUCCACAGCUGCUGCCCCUGGACUCCAGCACCCCCGCCUCCUUUGGCACGAAGCCUUCCACGGAGUCGGUGGCCAGCGCCAGGCCUGCAGGCGAUUCUGUUAGUAAGGACAGUGUGAACGCUACCUCCACCCCUGCGGCAUCAUCGCCCUCAGUGUUGACAACCCCGUCCAAAAUUGAACCUAUGAAAGCAUUCGACUCCCGAUUCACGGAGCGGUCUAAAGCCACACCAGGUGCUCCUGCCUUGGCCAGUUUGACUCCGACGGCCGUGGAAAGGUUGAAAGAGCAGAGCCUUGUGAAGGAGCUGAGGCCCCGGGAUGUCCUGGAGAGCAGCAGUGACAGCGACGAGAAGGUCCCUGUGGCCAAGCCCUCCUCGCUUUCUAAGCGGAAGCUGGACCUGGAGGUGGAGACAGUGGAGAAGAAGAAGAAAGGGCGGCCUCGGAAGGACUCCCGGCUCAUGCCCAUGUCCCUAUCCAUGCAGUCCCCCGCCGCCCUGACUGCAGAGAAGGAUGCCAUGUGUUUGUCUGUCCCAGCACCUGCACUGAAGCUGCCCAUGCCGGGUCCCCAGAGAGCGUUCACCCUCCAGGUGAGCUCCGACCCCUCCAUGUACAUCGAGGUGGAGAAUGAGGUGACGACUGUGGGGGGCACAAAGCUGAGCCGCUUGAAGUGUAGCCGGGAAGGGAAGGAGUGGGAGACGGUGCUCACUGGCCGGAUCCUCACCGCUGCCGGCAGCUGUGAUGUGGUGUGUGUCGCCUGUGAAAAGAGGCUGCUGUCAGUCUUCUCCACCUGUGGGCGCCGCCUCCUCCCUCCCAUCCUCCUGCCGUCCCCGAUCUCCACUUUGCACUGCACCGGCUCCUACGUCAUGGCCCUCACCGCUGCGGCCACGCUGUCUGUCUGGGACGUUCACAGACAGGUGGUGGUGGUCAAGGAAGAGCCUCUCCACUCCAUCCUGGCAGGAAGUGACAUGACAGUUUCACAGAUCUUGUUGACACAGCAUGGAAUCCCCGUGAUGAACCUGUCUGAUGGGAAGGCCUACUGCUUUAACCCAUCACUGUCUACAUGGAACCUGGUUUCUGACAAGCAGGACUCCUUGGCCCAGUGCGCAGACUUCAGGAGCAGUCUGCCUCCCCAGGACGCCAUGCUGUGCUCAGGGCCCUUAGCCAUAGUCCAGGGCCGCGCCUCCACCAGCUCAGGUCGGCAGGCGGCCCGGCUUUUCUCCGUGCCGCAUGCUGUGCAGCGGGAAGCCACCCUGGCCUACCUGGAGAGCCAGGUUGCCGCAGCACUCACCCUGCAGUCCAGCCACGAGUACCGCCACUGGCUCCUCCUCUACGCCCGGUACCUCGUGAAUGAAGGGUUUGAAUACCGACUCCGAGAAAUAUGCAAGGACUUACUGGGUCCGGUUCACUCCUCCACUGGAAGCCAGUGGGAGUCCACAGUAGUGGGUCUGCGGAAGAGGGAUCUGCUGAAGGAGCUGCUGCCUGUCAUAGGGCAGAACCUCCGCUUCCAGCGCCUCUUCACCGAGUGUCAGGAACAGCUCGACAUCCUGAGAGACAAGUAGCCUGCCCAGGCCCACCCCGGCCACAGCAAACGCAGAGCCGCCUCUCACCUCGCUGGGCCACAGGAGGAUGAAGAGAUGCUAAUAGGGGGUGGGCUGUCCUGCACCAGCACUGGCCCAGCCCCCUGGGCAAACUUCCCCUGUGUCCUGGGCCUAUUGCCCCUCAGGGAGGUAGCUCUGCCCACAAUUCAUCCCUCCCUCCAGGACCUCAGUGCAGAGCGGGGGCCAGUGAGGCACUCCGAGGCCGGCUGUCUCCAGCACGGCCCCAAGGUGGAUAGUAGCCCCUGCCACUGGAGGUGCUGUGCUGCUCCCACUACAACAAAUGAGCCAUGUGUGUGAGAGAGCCAGCCCAGAGACGCUAGUGUACUGUGUGGUCAGCAGACUGACCUGAGACCUAUGUGAAAGGAAAGGCUAUCCAACACACGGACUAUUUUUGUACUAGAAUUUGCUAACUUGUAAUAUGGAAUUUUCCUUUUGGCCAAUAAUCAGGAUUUCCCUAUAAGUCACUUGGACAUUGGUCACUUGUAGGAAAUUUAAACUCUAAUUAUGACAGCUACAUUGAAAACAAAUUGUACUGAAAUUAACUUGUCUAUCUUCAUUUGGUUUUAAUUUUUCAAUGUUUGUAAAAAGAGACUUUUGGGGGGAAUAGGGCGGAGGGCGGGUGAUUUCUUUUGUAAGUGUAAAAUAAAUGAACACGCAUUGGAUACCAAAUGA